AUGGCGUCUGCAGCGAAGAAGAAGAUUGUUGUCUGCGGAGGCAAUGGCUUUCUAGGUACGAAGCCGCAUCUGCAAAGCCGCCUGCGCUCGAGGCUGGGACGUGACUUCUAUAAGGCAAGCUCGGCUCCCUCCCCUUCCCUCCCCCCAGCCAGCCCCCCAACUAACUCCACCAUCCACAGCCGCUCCGGCGAACCCACCUGGUCCUCCGUAACCUCCUCCCCCGACCCCCCACCAUGGUCGACAUCCGUACACUGGGCGAAAGGCAACAUCCUGGACCCAUCCUCCUACAGCACCCACCUCAACGGCGCCGACGCCGUCGUGCACAGCAUGGGCAUCCUGCUAGAAGCCGACUACAAGCGCGUGCUGCAGGGCCGCGAGUCCCCGCUCUCAGGCCUGCGCCGCGCCUUCAGCGCCUCCAAAGCCGGGACCCAGAACCCGCUUGAGCGACGCGCAGGCAGCGAAGCCGGGAGCCCGCUGAGCCCGCAGGAGCCAGACGGCCAGCUCACAUACGAAGUCAUGAACCGCGACUCCGCCAUCAGCCUCGCCUCCGAGUCUUCCCGCGCCGGCGUCGCGGAUUUCGUCUACAUCUCCGCCGCCGGCGGCGCCCCCGUCCUGCCCGCUCGCUACAUCUCCACAAAGCGCCAAGCUGAAUCCGUCAUAGCGUCGGAGUUCCCAAACAUGCGCAGCGUCUUCUUCAGGCCGGGCAUGCUGUGGGACUCGUCGCGCAUGUUCACCGUGCCGCUUGCGGCUGCGACGGCGGUGGGCGCGGUUGCGAAUUCGUUGACGGGGAAUCGGUUAAGCGGGCUCAUGGGCGCGGGAGGGGUGAAGCCGCUCAAGGCGGAUUUGGUGGGGGAGGCGGUUGUUGAGGCAAUUGGGGAUGAGAGUGUUAGGGGACCGGUUGAGACGGGGGAGAUUGAGGCGUUGGCGACGAGGGCGUGGAGGAGGGGGAUGUUGUAG